GAGCUGCGCGAAGCGCGCGCAGGAAAGGGCGGGGCUGUGCGCCCGGAGCCAGCGCGCGGGUAUCGCGAGAGCGGUAGAGGCGGAAGCGCGAUCUGUGCAGGAUGCGGUUCCUGGUUGUGUUGGUCCUGCUGAGCUUCGCAGCGGCGGGAGCCGGGCCGCUCACUUCGUCAGCCACGGAAAAACUGCUCUUCAAUCCUGAGAAAGGUCAGACUUCUACAGGAAGAGACUCCAGCCAGCUCCCCUCCAAUCAGCUGUCUAAGAAGGAAAGUCCCCACAGACAUAAUCUGAAACAGCGGUUUGCGGGAGAUGGCAAGUCGGAUCCACAGAAGCAGUCCGCAGAAGAUGCCCCUGUCAAGUUGGGUCCUCAGAAGCAAUCCACGGUAGAGGACGCUGACAAGUCGGAUCCACAGAAGCAGUCCACGAAAGAGGACACAGGCAAUUUGGAUCCACAGAAGCAGUCCAUGAAAGAGGACGCUGGUAAGUCAGAACCACAGGAGCCAUCCACGAAAGAGAAUGCCAGCAAGUCAGUUCCACAAGCACAGUCCACAAAAGAGGACACAGGCAAUUCGGAUCCACAGGAGCCAUCCAUGAAAGAGGAUGGUGACAAGUCGGAGCCACAGAAACCAUCCACAGCAGGUUACUCUGGCAAGUCUGAUCUGCAGAAGCAGUCAAGGAAGGAGGACUCUGGCAAGUCAGGUCCACAGAAGCAGUCCACAAAAGAGGAUGCUGGCAAGCUGGAUCCGAAGAAGCAGUCCACAGGAGAUGCCUCUGCCAAGUCAGACCUGCAGAAGCAGACCACAAAACAGAACACUGGCAAGUCAGAUCCACAGAAGCAGCCCAUGGAAGGUGCCUCUGGCAAGGUGGAUUCACAGAAGCAGUCCACAAAAGAGGACGCUGGCAAGCCAGUUACCAGCCCUUCCUCAGAUAACAAGGAGCCCACCAAGCAAGAAGGUGAGACCUCUCAGCAGUCUUCCAGAACUAAAUCUGGGGAGAGAGUGUUAGUGGACUCUGACUCCACUUCUCCUCAGCAGGAGGGAGAACAUAAGUCUUCAAAGCCUACUGAAGAUGUGGAGCUCAAGGAGGUUGAGGAAGGUGAUACAGAGCCUGAAGAGGAUUUGCCACCCAAAGAAGAGAAAGAGGUGCCUGGGCCUGCCUCCAGUGAGGACCAUGAAGGGACACUUCUGGAUUCCAUGAAUAGGGAGAAGGAUGACCUUUAUAAGGACAGUCUUGGAAGUGCCAGUGCAGAGAGCAGCCACUUCUUCGCAUACCUGGUGACAGCAGCCAUUCUUGUUGCUGUCCUCUACAUUGCCUAUCACAACAAGCGUAAGAUUAUUGCUUUUGUCCUAGAAGGGAAAAGAUCCAAAGUCACUCGGCGGCCAAAAGCCAGUGACUACCAGCGUCUGGACCAGAAGAUUUGAUUUUUCUGUUCUUGAGAACCUUGUCCUCCCUGCUGAUUUGUUUCUAAAUCAAGAAAAAUGAAGAGAAAAGUACUGUGACCUAAGGGACACCCUGUCCUCUCGGAUUUGGUGGCAAGUCCGGGCUGGCAGAGGCAGGGGGCUGCUUUGGUUUGUGCACCUGCACUUUGGUGCCCUUGUACUCCUGUGUUGCUGAUGCCUGUGCUGGUGUCUUCCGUCCUUUCCCUCCUGAGUGUGAGUAGAGGGGGCUGCGGGAACUCAGCCGUGACCAAAGGAAGAUCUCAGCCGUACGCAGGCCACUGCUGCUGACUGCUGCUCUCGGGCCUUGGCUCUGUAGAAGUUACCCCUUGAAAAUAACAUUGCACUUGCCACUAUUUAUCGUCACAGACCUAGCAGAAAAUUCUGCAAGUUGAGAUGCUUUUGUCCCAAGGCCUCUUACUUUGAGGGGCAUGUGCCCUACGAAAGGUGUAGAUGGUGAAUGCUGAUGGGCGAAGGGCUACUUUGAACACGUAAUUCUCUUCAGAGGCUUCAGCAGCAAGCCAAAUGGCAGCUUAGAGAAAGUGUUUUAUUGCCUGUGAAUUCCAGCUGUCUGGCAUAAAUUCUGAACAGUUUUCUGACAUUUUCAUAUUAAGACGGAGUAAAUUAACUUCCAUUUGGUUGUAUGGCGCAUAACAUCGAAGUUGGAGAUUCUGGGAGAAAUGCUGUAAAGCCACUGUUCCCACUGCAAAUUUCUAAAAAUACAGUUAUGAUUGUUGAAACAUUGUGUUCUUCCAUACUCACAUCAUGACAGGAACUUUCUGGAAAAGGGUAAGCUCAUGCUUUGUGCAAGAAAAAUGUAGGAGGGUUUUGGUUUUGGUCUGCACUUUUUUUCAAGGGGUUUUCAUGAGUCAGAUUUCCCACAAACUCGCCUUAGCCUUUGUUGCCUAACCUAGACAAAAUAGACUUGUAUUUAGUACUGUCCCUUUUACCUUUAUCUAGUUAAUGGUCCUCUACUCUGAUAUAAAACGCCAAGAGCAAUUAGUAAAAAUUCUUCCAUCCCAUGUGAGGGGUUAUUAAAAUUUAAGAAGUGCAGAGGGUUUCCCUAGGGUAACAACGAGUAGUGUCUUGGUUCUCGUUGGUUAACAUUUUAUUAAAGCUGUUGCUGGCAUGCUACCCUGUUACAGAGAGCCUAAGGGGAGUUGUCUCUGCAAAGCAAGCAUGGGAAUAGAACAGCUGAUCUCAGGGAAAUACAAAGAAUGGGAAGUGAGGGAAGAUGAUGGAUUCUGUGCUAUUGAAUGACUAGGUCUGAAGGAGGGACAUCCUGCUUGUCCUGUUACCUUCCACCUUGCUCACAACAGCCCAUGGCACUGAGUUGAGAUUUUCAUUCUUUGCGGGUAAGCUAUUUGUGGAGAUAAGGAAUGAAUGAUGGAUGAAUGCUCUUUGGGGCAUCAUUCUUCUUGGGCACCACUCUUCUAAUACUGUCCUCUGCAUCCUCUUCUCAGCAGCUUCCCUAAUACUCAGACCAACGCUGUUCUGUUCCCUGUGCUGGUUCCCUGCCUCCCUACCUUCCCUCCUCCUCCCCAGUGUCUUCUGUUCCUGUCUGCAGAAACACCUUUCCUUCUGCCCAACCGUCCUCUUUGUUAUUCACUCUGCUGUUCAGCUUCCCCAGUGCGUGUUGCUUCCAUUACCUUGCCAUUCAUUAUCCUCAUAACCUUUACAAACUCACUUUGGUCUCUGCCUUUCUACUAAGAAUGGUUUUCUGAGGUUCACAUCACCAAAUCUAGUGGCUUGUUCUCAAAGCUUAGCCUUGUCCUUGAUAGAAUUGGAUACUGUUGACCCCUGAAAUUAAAAUCUUGGUUUCUCUGACAAACUGCUGGCUGCUGAGAGCUCCUGUACCUUACUCUGUGCUGGUGGGGAAAGGGCCCACAGAGGCAGGUCUCUGUUCCUUUGUCUUCUCAGAAAUUCAUUCCUCAUCCUCCAAGUGACUCCUAAGCCUUCCCUUGGCCUGGCCCCCUGAGAGACCAGUCCUGCUGUGUGCUGAGCAUUUCACUUGGUUGUCCUGUUGUUAUUAAAACUGACUUUCUCUCUUCUACCCCUUACACUGCCCCUCAAAACUGCCCGGUUUCUUUAAUCAUCUCAGCUGUAAACUGCAAACUACAAACCUUUACCAUUUUUAUCUGUCCUAUCCAUUUUUAAACUAUCUCCAACUACAGUCUUUCCAUUUUCCUUGCUUCUUUGUCCCACACUCACACUCAUGUCACUUCUCUCCUGGAUGUUUUCUCAGAGGCACCUUAAUUGGUUCUUCUGCCUGUCUUGCACGUCUUGAGACCAGAUUGAUUCCAAAGUACUUCCCUUAUCUGAAGCUUCUGUCUGUACCUCUCACGGCUUAGCGAAUCUAGUUUAUAGAUGCUCUCACUCAGGACCCUGCAGGUGGCACUUUCUUCCUGUCCUUCUCUGCAUCCUGGCCAUGUCAAAGGCCCCUCCUGCCAGGUGUCCAUCCAGGCCUCUGUGCCUUUUUGUUUGUGCUGUGGCCUCCAUUCCGGGGCUUCCCUUGGUGGUUUUUUGAUUAGGGUGCUCUCCUUUCUCUUCUUCCCCUUGCCUUCCCAAAAUCUGUUUGUUCAGGGCCCAGCUCAGGUUUUCCCAUCUACCUUCCUGACCCUGCCCCUCCCCAACUAAUGUGAUUGGCUCUUGCCAUUCUACUCUAAUAGCUCUUAAUAAUAUCAAUCAGAAAUUUUGGAACUUCCAACAAAGCGGGAUAGUGAGUAUCUGAUGUCUAGUAUUUUCAAGAACACUAAGCUACUAGAGAGAGGGCCCUUGGCACUGUCUGCACGUCUGCCCAGCACAGUGACAUUCCCUAGGCACUUUAGGAGCUCAGUUUCUGCUUACAAAGGAGAGACACUUUGUUUAGGACAUCUGGGUGUGACUUAACUGAGGCCUUAUAUAGCUCUUUGUGGCUACUGGUUGCUGUCCCUUAUUGAUGGAUUUUGCUUAGGAGGAGAGCAAAAAGAAAGGGUGUCGGAAACAAGAGGGUUGACAGCAAGUGGACACUAAGUAUUGUUGUGGAGACCACAUACCUCCACUUUUUGAGCCUCUGAGAAGUAUCACUUCUUGAGCUGAAAGCACAAUAGAAUUUGUUUCACCGUAUCAACUACACUGAAAGAUCUGUAAAGGAAAACUUGUUUACUGAGAGUUGUCUUUUUAAGAGAGACUAUUUGAAGCAUGCUUUCAUAGUGGUUAUGAGGAUGAGGGUGAGUCAGCUGAAGCAUUGCUUGAGCUGGUGCGGGCAGUGAAGCACAUAGCACCAUGAGAGGCACCCCUAUCCAGACAGCUGCGCACCUCUUUUCCCUUCUUUAAGGGGGCUUCCAGUAGGAGGAAUCUAAGCUUCAGUCAUGGAUGUUAACAGAGGAGCUUAUUUUCCUGCUAGGUUACUAAAUAGAAUUAUCCAGAGUGUACUUCUGUAUUUGAGGGAGUGGAAGGCCAGUCUAUCUAGAAAGGCUAAGACAACUCAGAAAGUCCUGACACUAGCAACAUAUCCUCUGACAUUUCUUUUCCCAUGAUGCCUUUGAAUGAAACACUUCAUGAUAGAAUUAUAAACCUUUAAAAUUCCCCUUUAAAUGGUGGUGAUUCUCGUUUUUUCCUUCCAUUUCAUGUCAUUUAAAUCCAAAAGAAGCCUGCCCCUUGUGUUUAUAGGGUAACCUGACAGGUGAUGCUGUGCAUGUGAGGAAAUCUAGCAUGCCUUGCAUGUGUUCUCAAUCAUCUGAACAGGGAGGACAGGACACUGCACCAGCCUGUAGUUCUGCCAGCCGGUUUCUGAAACUGUUGCUGGGAAGGUUACCUUUGGUAGUGCCUUGCUCAAGUUAAGAGUCCCAGGAAGAGAUUUUCAGGUUUAAGUAAGGUCCAGAGCCAAGACUGAAUCUCAAUUCAGUUAGUUCCACAAGUCACAUCUGAAUUUCCUAAAUAUCCCAUUUAGGAACUCCUCUGUCAAGGCGCUGGGGCUGAGCUGUGUAUUGUUCAAGCUGCCACACACACAACAAAGAUAGCCUCCUCACACACUGAUAGAUAACCUUUAAUUCAGAAAUCUACUGUGUUAAGUGAAUAAUUGAUGGUUGAAAUUGUUUCUUUUUUUUUAACCCAGUUAGUAGAGUGCCACUGUUUUGCAAUGUUUUAUAUUUUCAGCAUUUUGUAAUUUAACUAUAAUUACUGUUUUUUUUUAAAGCUUAUUUGGUCUGAUGAUAAGUACUUUUCAGUACAUAAUGUUUUACUAAGCUUUUAUGAAUGCCAUUUCAAUGUAGUUUUGUGUCACUGCACAGAAACCAAAAUAAAUUUCAAAUAUUAGUUAUCAAAUCAUUAAUUUAUUAAUAUUGCAUUAAAAUUGACUGAAAUAAG